AUGAAGAUCACUUCUUUCGUUCUCAUCGCCGCCUUAUUCUCCUCGUUUGCCGCGGCCACGCCUGCGAAGACUGCGUGUACUACCUCCCGUGCCCCCGAAUAUACGUGGACUUGCGCGCCUGAAGGACGGGUUUGCAAGAAAUUUACGGAAUGUUGUUCGCGAUACUGCAAAUACGGCCUGCCCGGUACUUCCAUGGGUAGAUGCAUGCCAUUGAAUUGA